GAUGGGGGCUGGGAGUUGGGGGAUGUCAGUAACCCUAGCGACUCAGGUUUGCUCCCCCGCCACCCAACGGUUGCCAGACCAGCCCUCAGUGAGGGAUGAAAUACUAUUAACCCUUUAGUGCCCAGGCGGAAAUCAGAAGAUAGUGGGCGCUCCCUGGGGGGCCUCAUCCCUCUCUACCCGCAGGCUGACACCCAAAAGCCACGGAAGCCUGGAGGGUGCAGGCGGCAUCGGUUCCUCUGCAAAGGUCAUGAACCGGGUGGGCGGAUGGCGUCCGGGAGACUAGAAUCUGCCACCGCCCCACUCGCACCAGUCCUCGGGUGUUUGGGGCCGCAAUGGUCCUCUGGCUUUCCCCAGCCAGUCUUCUCGGGCUUCAUCUGUGGGAGACUUUUCUGGCGCCCCCUCUCCCCCGAGAAAAGCUCAGCCAAUGGACAGGUUGGUGCUGGCUGCGGGUUUUGGGAGGAAGGUGGGAGAAGCCUGGAGGAGAGAAGGGGAGGGAGGAGGGCGGAGGGAAGAGAGGAGGGUUCAGCGGUAGAUCUAGCAAAUGGCAAGCCGCCUUCCCUCCCCAAAGUGUAGAGCUGGAGCGCGGGGGAGCGCGGCGGCGCCUCCGCCACCAAACUCCUGGGGCUCCGCGGCGUUCGGAGCCACCUCCUGCCUAGCCCGGAGGGGCUCUCUUACCAGGCUGCAACCUCACUUUCCCGUUUUUCUUUUUCUUUAAAAAACACCCCCACCUCUCUUCUGCUCACAGCAGCUGGUGCAUUCCCGGCUCUACUCUCCGGAGCUGCCCAUCCCUCCGGCUGCGGGCGAGGACGCGCGCUCAGCCUUGGGCGAAGCAAAGAAGAAAAACUUGUCAGAGGGGUUUCUCCAGCCUCCACUAACCUCCUUCUCUCGGGAACACCAACCACCCGCCGGGGCCAGACCUAAGUCUGGGAAAGUUCCUCCGGUGCUCAGCGCCCUCUUGAAUCUGGAACAGCACCGGCGCAGCCAGUGGAAUUAGAUCUGUUUUGAACCCAGUGGAGCGCGUCGCGGGCGCUCGGAAGUCACCGUCUGUGGGCGCCCGGGUGGCGCUGCCUGAGAGGACCCGGGAGUUUGCCGACCCUACUGCAAGUGACCUUUCCUCCCCUCACUUGGUUGAUUGUGUCUCAGUUGGGGGCUGCGAGGGUGACAAGUUGCAGUGAGAGCUCCCGAAGUUCGGAGAGGGUUCAGCUGUCUCUCCUUCACUUCUGUUACCCGGAGUGAAAUCCUAGCGAAACUGUCAGAGGCCUCCGGAUCCCACCCAAGACUCACCAGCAGAGCUCGGCCGUGUCGCCCCAUCCCCAGGGAUAACCCCGGAGCCCAGGGUCUCAAGAAAAAAUUCGUUGGGCAGGGGAGAGAGGUCGCGGCAGCGGCAUGGCAAGGUUCCGGAGGGCCGACCUGGCCGCAGCAGGAGUUAUGUUACUUUGUCACUUUUUAACAGACCGGUUCCAGUUCGCCCACGGGGAGCCUGGACACCAUACCAAUGAUUGGAUUUAUGAAGUUACAAACGCUUUUCCUUGGAAUGAAGAGGGGGUAGAAGUGGACUCUCAAGCAUACAACCACAGGUGGAAAAGAAAUGUGGACCCUUUUAAGGCAGUAGACACAAACAGAGCCAGCAUGGGCCAAGCCUCUCCAGAGUCCAAAGGGUUCACUGACCUGCUACUGGAUGACGGACAGGACAAUAACACCCAGAUAGAGGAGGACACGGAUCACAAUUACUACAUUUCUCGGAUAUAUGGUCCAGCGGAUUCUGCCAGCCGGGAUCUGUGGGUUAACAUAGACCAAAUGGAAAAAGACAAAGUGAAGAUUCACGGGAUACUUUCCAACACUCAUCGGCAAGCUGCAAGAGUGAAUCUGUCCUUCGAUUUUCCAUUUUAUGGUCAUUUUCUAAAUGAAGUCACUGUGGCAACUGGGGGUUUCAUAUAUACUGGAGAAGUUGUACAUCGAAUGCUCACAGCUACACAGUAUAUAGCUCCUUUAAUGGCAAAUUUUGAUCCCAGUGUAUCCAGAAAUUCAACUGUCAGAUAUUUUGAUAAUGGCACAGCUCUUGUUGUCCAGUGGGACCAUGUCCACCUGCAGGAUAAUUACAACCUGGGAAGCUUCACAUUCCAGGCCACACUCCUCAUGGACGGGCGCAUCAUCUUUGGAUACAAAGAAAUCCCUGUCUUGGUCACACAGAUAAGUUCUACCAACCAUCCAGUGAAAGUCGGGUUGUCUGAUGCAUUUGUCGUGGUCCACAGGAUCCAGCAAAUACCCAAUGUUCGAAGAAGAACAAUUUAUGAAUAUCACCGAGUAGAACUACAAAUGUCCAAAAUUACCAACAUCUCAGCUGUGGAGAUGACUCCACUUCCCACAUGUCUCCAGUUCAAUGGUUGUGGCCCUUGUGUGUCCUCGCAGAUUGGUUUCAACUGCAGUUGGUGCAGCAAACUUCAAAGAUGCUCCAGUGGAUUUGAUCGCCAUCGGCAGGACUGGGUGGACAGUGGAUGCCCGGAAGAGUCAAAAGAGAAGAUGUGUGAGAAGACAGAGCCAGGAGAGACAUCUCAAACUACCACGACCUCCCACACGACCACCAUGCAAUUCAGGGUCCUGACCACCACCAGGAGAGCUGUGACAUCUCAGAUGCCUACCAGCCUGCCUACAGAAGAUGACACGAAGAUAGCCCUACAUCUCAAAGACAGUGGAGCCUCCACAGAUGACAGUGCAGCUGAGAAGAAAGGAGGAACCCUCCAUGCAGGCCUCAUUGUUGGAAUUCUCAUCUUGGUCCUCAUUAUAGCAGCGGCCAUUCUGGUGACAGUGUAUAUGUAUCACCAUCCAACAUCAGCAGCCAGCAUCUUCUUCAUUGAGAGACGCCCAAGCAGAUGGCCAGCAAUGAAGUUUCGAAGAGGCUCAGGACACCCUGCCUAUGCAGAAGUUGAACCAGUUGGAGAGAAAGAAGGUUUUAUUGUAUCAGAGCAGUGCUAAAAUUUUAGGACAGAGCAGCACCAGUACUGGCUUACAGGUGUUAAGACUAAAACUUUGCUUAUGCAUUUAAGACAAACAGACACACAACCCACAACCACACACAAAGGAGCCCUAAACUGCUGUAGACAGAAGGGCGACGAGAUUUCUGGACAAGCCCAGCCCAGGAACAUUGAAAGGAAAACUCAGACUUGUACAAGACACCAUGUACAAUGAUUAAAGAAUUCCCUAGUGGAAUGACAUCCAUGGUUCACAAGGAACAUCUCCGGUGGACUUGCCAGGAGUGUGACGAGAUGACGAUGCUUUUGGUUUAGGUGCAGGGUUGCAAAGAAAUCAAGGAAAAAAAAUAUGACAAUAAAUAAAGCUUUAGUUCACAAGGGAUCGACACUUUUGGUUCAAAUGUUCUUCUCUGACGUCUCAAAGAUAAUCAUGUUCCAAAGCCUGAACACUGUCACUGAAAAGAGCAAUGGUGAAUGUUUCAAGAUUGCAGGGAACAAUAGCUCACACAGGAGCAAAACCAAACAUGGAUGGAGGGUUUUCUAUCUUUUCCAAACAGACUAUCAGCAGAAGGAUUUGAUGUUUUGCUCUAGAUGUCAUUGUGCAGACAAGUUCAUUACUUUGUAGGAUGAAUCUUUUAUUUUUCAGAAGUUCAAACUCUGCCUGCCUCUUCCUUGGUAAUGAAUACCAUUUUUGUGAGCUGUGACACAAUUCCCUAAUGUUAAGCUAAGAACCAGAGAGGAAGGAGUAGCCAGUGAGGUUUCCGUUCUCUCACUGAAGAAUAAAAUGCCUUCUAAGGUGCUGCUUCCUCUCCCACCUGGAGUUCUAUGAAGCCUCAUUUGCUCUUGGCCUAUGAAAACGGACAGAAUUAAGAGGAAUAUUCGUGAGAUCAUUUUUUGAGAGAAAUAUCUUAGGAGAUUUUUUUUGUGAAGUUUACCAUGUCUAUAUGAAAAACUCAUUGUCAAUCCCUGUCCCAUUCAAGUCAACAUAUCCCUGGUGAUAGGAAAAAAAACAAAAAGCAAACAAACAAACAAAGAAAUGAAAUAACCCUGCUGAAUCACACAGUAAUUUUCUUUAAAGCACAUAGUAGUUACAUAAAUAUAUAUAUAUAUAAAUAUAUUUUUGUUUAUAACUAACACAAGGCAGGCUCUUGUGGCUCUAAAGAGUGUAUUUUGUCAUCAAGACAAAACAAAUGCGAGAUGCAUCACUGGUUCCUUCCAUAACAUUGUAAGAUAAUCCUCAAUAUUUUUAUGUCACUUCCAGAAGUGGUUCAUUUAGCUGCAGCAUGCAUCAUUUGCCGCCUCUUGCAUCCCCUAUACCAUUUAUAUCAACCCAUCCCUCCUUGAUUCAAAGAAGCAGUUGUAAAUGUCCCUCAAGUCGAGGUUUCAAUUAUACUCUGAAUGAAAUCCAAAUGUUUGAGGGCAAUUCCCAUACGUAAAGACGGGAAAGGUACCAGUCAAGGAGGAAAGCGGUCAAUGCAAACCAUGCCCCUAAACAUGAGUUCAGAUACUGUGGCAUACAUUUCUACAAAUGGCUUGCCCUGUAAAACUUCCACAUUCUGUGCCAAGGAAAGUUCUGGUUCUUACAAGGUACAGCAUUCAGCAUUGGCAGAUUCAGGUUUCACGAAGCAAAUAUCCUUACCAGUAACACCUCACUGACAGUUUACAAUCUGGGUACAAUGUCUCCACUGGACAGCUGCCUGCCAGGUUAUUAUUUUCCAUAAGCAAGGCUUCUUUUCUGUCACUUGCAUUUCGCGUUAUACUUUAUACUUGUAAAUACUUCAAGUAUGUGACGAUGGUAACUUUUCCCUAACCUUGGUUUAAAAUGUCAGAAAAGAAAGGGAGAAGAGGAACAUGGUUACAGGAUGUGGUGACAACCUGUACCCUAGCUAUGCUCGUGUUAUAUGCAAUAUCUCAAUUUAUUCUUGUCGGUACAGUUUUGGUGAGAAAGCAAUAACCAAAUGACUUGCCAAUGCAAUUGGUGCAGCUGGUAUUCUACAGACACAUAAGGUACACAUAGACGACUUCCUUUUAGGGCAAGAUAAGGAUGCUUUCGUGUACUUUGGCAAUAAUCAUGGCUUCUAAAAGCAACGGAUUGGCAGCUGGCUAGAUAUCUUUGCAUUUAUUUUUCACUCCUUGCAUAAUUCCUUCAAGCAGUAAUGUUAGCCUUAUAUUCUUCAAAGCCCAUCUUCCAGUUGGACUUAAGAUAAUCAAUAGUUCUGUUAAAUAAAUGCACAAGGCCCUCUAAAUUAAUCAGUAUACCAAAGCACCAAAUAACAGGAGAAAAACAAUUGGAAGCAAAUAGGAUGCUAAGUUCUAUGAAAAUGUUCAAAAAUAAUUGAGAGAGAAUAAACUCUGCUUUACCUGAAUUCACAAGGCAUUAGAGGAAAUAUUGGGAGAGUCUCUUCUUGCUAAGAAAUUCUAGUUCUGUUUGUGCUUCUGGUUUGUUCUUGAUUCCUGUUUUCUUUAAAGGAAAGGCAUAGAGGAUUUCCAAAAACUUCAAAAAGGAGUCCAGUGGCAUGGACUUCAUCUUAUUUAUACAUUACAAAGGGUAGACACAAGCACCUUAGUCAACAUUUGUGAGAAUGAAGAUUAGCACUGGCAUUUUUAUGAGAAAAAUGACAAUGGGAUGCAAACAACUUUAGAGGAAAUCAGAGAAAUGGCGUUACAAAGGAACUUACUUAUGUCAUCUUAAUUAUUUGUAAGAGUAGUAAUCAGUGAUCAGAGUUACAAAUCAACCAACAAGAUGUUACAGGCCACUUACUGGCAUGUUUGUGGUGGGACAUUAACAAAUAGAGAAUAGUUAAAGGCAAAGAACAACUGAGAACAAAUAUUAUUGCAGUAAGGCUUUUAGGGUAUUUAGUAGACUCUGAAAUAUAUGAUCUAAAGUGGUGCUGUCUACUAUUAUAUCUACUGGCCAGUUAUGGGUAGUGAUCUUUAAAUUAAAUAAAUUUUCAUUCAGUUGUCUGGUUACAUUUUGAAUGACUCAUAGCCACACAUGGCUCAUGGCUACCAGUGUGGGCUACAGACACUUCUAUCAUUGAAGAAAGUUUUACUGUAACAUGCCAUAAUGUUUCAACUGAACUAUUUGCUUUUGAAGGAAAUAGUGGAGGGAAGGGAGGAAGAAAGGAAGCAAGCAAGCAAGCAAGCAAGCAAGCAAGGGUAUUUGAGAGCUCUUAGGUAUAUUCAAACAAUUAUUUUCUUGUAAUAUAAGAGAUGCCUCAUAAAGAAAUGAGAAUACCAGUUGACAUGGCUUUGCAUCUUCAUGGUAUUUCCUUCAACUUCUCAAUUUUCACACUGGAAAAAAAUUAAAUAUAUUUUCCUGUCUUUUUUGCAAGAUUACUUUACAGACGGAUUAAUACAGAUGUAAAGACUUGAAAGCUUACAGAGAAGUGAUCUAUAAAGCACACCUGUAAGGCAAGCACCAAAUUGCACACAAGGGAACAAUAGUCCAUCAAUCCAAAAGGCAACUCAAGACAAUGAAGGCAAUAUAUUCUUGAGAAAGUGUCAAAGUGAAUAGAAAAACUGCUUGAGUUUCUUUUUGUCCAUGUUUUUUUUUUCCUGCCUUGUUCUCUUAUUUGCCAAAUCACCUGUGUAUCCCCAUUUGCCUGGACUCUCUCUUAUUUGGAGUCACUUUGUGCCUCUUUGUUUGUUCUGCUCAGGAAUCCCGGCAUCUUAGCAGAGGCUCUUUUGAAAGCAAAAUAGAUGAUCCUGUAAACAUUAGUUAUCUCUUAUGUAUUUUAUUUCUAUUAAAAAGCAAGGAACUGUGACAUAAUUCCAUAUAAAUAUGGAGGAAACUUGCUUUUGAUGUAAAUUCUACAAAUGCCAGACUUUAUAAACAAAAUAAAACUACCUUAAAGUAUGCUUAUGUCCAGAUAAUACAUAGUGUGGGAAGGCAUCUCAUACAACCUGUUCCUUUUACUGACGUGAAAACAAAGGCUUAUAUAGGUACAAUAAUUAUCGUUGGUGUCAAAAGUGGGUUUGGAAGUUAAACCUCUCAAUUGUUUUUUUUUUUUUUUCUCCUUUUGAUUGCUGUGGCUUACAUUCCUCUGUAAGUAAUUAAGACAACUAAGCAUCUGGAAGUCAUAAUCCAUGAAAAAUUAAUUUCACCUGCUAUAAGGAUGCUGUCUACACACUGUGUCCUAUAGUAUGAAGCAUUGAAGCAAUAGUCUUCUAUGCUAUUACUGUCCUAAGAAUCCUGUUGUUCUAUUUCCAGUUCCAUCCCUGAUAGGGUCCUUAUGUGUCCCCUCUCUCACCUCCUCAGCUGUGGUCAUCAGUUAGCAGUGCUAUUUAUGUUUGUCAUUUGAAUGUUUUUUCUGCCUUUGUUUCAUUUCUACUCAAUGGUAUUUGAAAACUAAUACUGUUUAUUGAAGAAUUUCUGCUACCUAGAUAAUCACCGUUUUUACUUGUUCGUGGAAACUAUUCGGGAACUUGUUUUCCAAGAAGGUCUUAUGGGAAAAGAUUGUGAGAUCAGGGCUGUUACCUAUGAUAUACUCAUACUGUUGUGUUUUUAUAAAGCACUUUACAUUUUACAUAGUACAUUGAUUCGUGCUUUUACUUGUUCUUUCAUUGAACCACAGAAUUAAUUUUCCUAUGUGUUAAGCACCUACUGUGUGGAAGUUAUUCUGCAGAUCUUCUGAUACAAGAAAACAAAUUAUAUGGUGUUUUGUUUCGCACACACACACAAACGUGUGUGUGUGUGUGUGUGUGUGUGUGUGUGUGUGUGUGUAAACUGUUCAGAGGGCUGAAGAGAUGGCUCAGUGGCUAAGAAAACUUGCUAAUUUUUUUUUUCAGAAGACCAGAGUUUGGUCAACGGUGUUCAAACCAUCUGUAACCCAAGCUCUAGGGGAACUCACGUCAUUUUCUGUUCUCCAUGAGUGCCUGUACUCAUACAAACAUACAAACACACACAUAUAUAUAAUUUAAAUAUGAACAAGUCUAAAUAAGUAGUUUAGGGAAUAAAUAUAACAUUAUAAUACAAUAAGAUUUUCAAACACAACUUUGCAAAUAAGAAAUAAUUCAAUGAACUAUUUGCUCUAUUUCAAAUAAGCUGUUAAUUUUAUCAAUGAGAUGAGAAAGGCUCAAAGGUCCAGGAAGAAUUGUCCAUUCACUUAAAUGUGUACUGAGCAGACCCAGAAUAGAGUUUCUCUUCCCUUCCAUGGAUUCUGCUGUCAUUUUUAAAUGGUGAACAUAUUUAGUUUUAAACACCAGUGCAUCUAAAAAGCUUUUACCAGUUAAGUUCACUGCAACUGUUGUAUCAAAAAACAGACGUCAUUUCCUCAACUCAGCGCUGUUGACAUGUAAGGUUCCCAAGUCUGGUGAAGGUUUGAAAAAUGAGUCUCUACCUUCUAAUUCCUAGGUAUUUGGCGACCUUCAUAACUUUUAUUGAUUACUCGGAAUCAUACAAAUCCCUCCAAAGAAAAGGCAUUUAUAGACAUCACUAGUGUUCUCAGGGUGCACAGUGGGAAGAGGAUGGCCAAAGCAUUCUUUGUAAAGUUCCUGUGUUGCCUGUUAAGUCGAUUUUCUCAGGAAUCAGGCCCCAGAACAGUGGUAGACACCUACAAUUCAAGCCAUGGGAGGCAAGUGCAGGAGGAUUACAAUUCUGUGUUGAGGAGAGAGGAUGGGGGGAGGGAUUAAGGAAAUCUCCAUUUCCUGUAUUAUUUAGUCUUUACUAUAUGUUUAUCUUUAUUCAUAUCAAAGCUUGGAAUCAUAAACUUCAAACUACAAAAAUAGCACAUAGUUCAACCACAACCCAACAUUAUCCAGUACUAUGUCUCUUGCUCUAACAAUUAUUAUGAGGAUAUAAUUAAGAGGAGACUGGAAAAUAGGCUAUCUGUGGAAACUUGAAAUUUUCCUGAUGGCUCAUCAGUCAUCUGUUUGUCAAGAAAUGACACCUGGAAUCCAUAAUCACUGAGACAACAAUCUGUACUCGAUACAGAGCCAUGACCCUGAAGUCAUGCAGUUGGACUAUGUCAGACUUGGAUCGUUUCCCUCAUCUACAAAUUGGAGCUUCAAAAUAUGGGUGGAAGGUGAAGCUGCUAGCAUCUAGUUUUAAGUAAAACUGUAUGACCUUUCUAUUUUUAAUUCCUCAAAGUUUUCCUGUUAGGACCAUAAGAAUACUCUCUCCUGUCACCUAAUCAACUAUGUGCUUACAGCAAUAGUGCUGAUGUGGAGGGCUGCCUUUGUGCUAUUAUAUGAAAAUAAUUCUGCCCCAAGGCACUGAAAUUUCAGAAAUUCAGAUUUGAGAUGCUUAAGUAUGUCACACCAAUGUGUAUGACUUUAAUGUGCCUUAUGUCAGUGUCCCUGAAGUUCAGUAGCUUCUUGUAGAUAACUGUCAGUAUAGUCAAUUAGUACAUGUAUUUAUUUUGCAUCAGUUGAGAAACUUGGUAAAACUUCACGAAGAUAAUCCUUUACAAACAUUCCAGAAAAACAAAGAACAGAAACUGUAAUAUCUUGUUUUUCUUUAUUUUUUGUUAAAGACCAAUGGGACUAGGUAGCAUUCAGAAUUAUUCAGUUCAUGUUAAUUAAUAUGCACAAGAGAAAAAUUCAGGACAAAAGUCUGUAGGCCUUGAAUACUGACAAAGACCCCUGGGGAAUAUUCUCACCGGAGAGCAUGAAAUCAAAAAUCUCCAAAUUUGGAGAACUGCAUAGGUGUGCAUACUUUUAUACUUUCACUGUCUUGUCAAACUAUGUGGUAGUAGUUCUCUAGGUUCUGGAUCACCUGGUCCACUAAAUUCAACUCAGAUUCCACUGUAUCUGCCUAAUUGUUUCCAGGCAUAACUUUGACAGCAUUCAGUGCCUAUUACCACUACAAUGAUUAUUGCAAAAAAAAAAAAAAAAAACAAAAAAAAACAAAACCUGAUUCCCUGAAUCAAAUUCCUCUAAGAAUUUUGUAGAACAGCAUCACAUUGGCUUCUCAAUUAUUUUUUUUAUUCUGAAGUAGUAAAUGCCCAAAGCGUAUCUGCUUAAACCUUACAGCACGUUGUCAACACCAAAAGAUUUUAUUAUUUUCUAUCCAUGAUAAAAGGUUGGGAAAUACAAAUCACAAUCUGGCAUUCAUCUUUGUCUAAUUUCUUAGAUUUAUUAACAUGCAAUGGUUAUUCAAAAAUUCUACUAAUGGAUUAAAAUGAAAAAAAAAUUGCCUUGGCAGAUAUUGAUGUAUGUAUUCAUUUUAUAAUUCGGCUGAAACAUCUCAAUGAUACUAUUUCUCCCAAGGGAGUAUGGAUUUUUAACAGCAAUCUCUUGCCUCCUUUGCAUUAUAAAAUAUGUGUGUCUUAAUUAAGGUAUCACUCAUUUAUCAUGCAACUGUAAGCCUUUGGGACCCAUCAACACAGGCAUAGCUGGAAAGGAGUCUACAAGUUUGGUACAUGAACUAUGUAGGUAAUAAUGAGUAAGGAAAGAUGAGUCCCAGGGAUAUCAAUAAAUAUCCCUAUGUAUGAUCAGACAGAGUGUUCAACACUUCUCAGAGAAGUGUUCAAAUAAAUAUUCAAUGAGGGUCAGCUCAAAUUAGGUCAUUCAGACACAGGAACGCAGAUUCUGGAAGUGACACCAGUAGCUGGUGAUAGACUUGAAGUACAGGAUGUCAUCAAUUAGUCUAAACCUCAACCAUCACUCACAUGUUUCUUUGACAGUACCAAGCCUAAUACUACCGAGUCCUGGCUCUGGGGACUUGAGUUACUAAUAAUCACGUAGUUGCUUUUCCAGUUAACUCAUUUCAUUUAAAAGCUACAGACAUACUGUUCAAUUUCUGUGACUAAGAGCCAGCCAAACACACAAAAGCAACAAAAAUCACAUGAAAUAUCUUUUCCCAGAAAUCAAUAAGAAUGAUUUCUUUCAUCUAUAACCCCCAAGAUUUAUCUGUGAGAAAGUUGAUAUCUCAGGACCUGAAUUCAAUGGCUACUGUCUGGAUGCCAUAAUGACAAUUAUGUAAAUAUCUAAUGAUAAUUGAACAAAGCCAUGUUCAGAUUGUCUUUUUGUUGUUGUUUUAAUUAGGUAUUUUCCUCGUUUACAUUUCCAAUGCCAUCCCAAAAGUCCACCAUACCCACCCCCACAAGCCCCUACCCACCUACUCCCCCUUUUUGGCCCUGGCGUUCCCCUGUACUGGGGCAUAUAAAGUUUGCAAGUCCAAUGGGCCUCUCUUUGCAGUGAUGGCCGACUAGGCCAUCUUUUGAUACAUAUGCAGCUAGAGACAAGAGCUCAGGGGUACUGGUUAGUUCAUAUUGUUGUUCCACCUAUAGGGUUGCAGUUCCCUUUAGCUCCUUGGGUACUUUCUCUAGCUCCUCCAUUGGGGGCCGUGUGACCCAUCCAAUAGCUGACUGUGAUCAUCCACUUCUGCGUUUGCUAGAUUGUCAUAGCAUACCAGGGGAAAGAAACCCUGACUGCUUCCAAUUGGGUCCUCUGAAAAUAAUACAAAAAAAAAAAAAAAAGAAAGAAAGAAAGAAAUCAGAGCUUCCAUUGGAAUGAAAUGUCAAAGUCCGUUUUAGAGAAACCAACUAAGUGUUUUCAGAAACAGAGGUCCUGUGUAUGGUGUAACCGAAGUAUUGGGGACCCUGGCUAAGCACUGAGAGAAAACUUCAUUAACUGGUCAAAACAACUCUUACAUUUCCCUGAAUUGAGGCAUCUUGGCAGGGACUUGGCAAGUCUUUCUUGCAUGCCAACUGGGAUCAUGGGCAUUUGAAAUGCCAGGAAUGUACUACUGUUUCUGGUCUUGCUCUUUGUGGUCAUUUGAAAUGUUAAAAGUCAAAGAGAGAAAAACUUGAGAACUGUGGUUGAGGGUAUGAUGUCCAUACUUUCUGCCAGUUGUACAAUGCAGAGAACAUCUGUGAUGUGUCUCAAAGUGGAUAUAACUGAACUGUUUUGGAUUCACAAAGCUCCCUGUCUGCUGCUAAGAAUAGCACACCAAGGAAAAUCUGACCCCCAAAAUCCAAUUGGCCAAAACAAAGGAAAAAUUGUGGGUGAGCAGGGCCCAUUGCCAGGAUGGGUCUUACCAUUAAUGAUAGCUUUCUGUGGCCAACCAAAUUUGUGUCUUUCAGGUGAAGGGUGGUUUUGCAGAGGAUUUUCCAAACUUUUCUUACUGCAAGGCUUGAAAAAUCAGCAUUUCAAACUUCUUCCAGUCUCUGGGCGCCAUUUCUAACUUUUCUGCCAUGUCCAAGAGGCAUUCUGAGACUCUUUCUAUUGUGCUAUCAUAGUCUAUAAUAGUUUGCCCAUACUUCUCAAUGAAGUCACCCUGAACAUAGAAGAGCCUGCAAACAUACACAGAAUAAUAUCUGAUUCUGCAUGGAAGAUAGCUGAGAGCAAAAGGUGUGUGAGCCCAACUCAGGCCCUUGGUUCAAAUUCCAUAAUCCAAAUGCUGCCUAGCACCACAGCUUCCUGAGCAUUUUUUAGGUGUAGACAACUUAGCUAGGUGUUAAUGUAUUUUCUUAUGCUUCAUUAGCUUUCUAUCUUUUACCUGGAAAUCCAUAUGAUUGGAAUGAUUCUUUAAUUUUUUUUACAUAUAUUCUUAUACCAAGUUUUUCUGUCAUUCUUGUUCUGCAAACAACAUGGAGGAAGUUCUUUUAUAACUAGUAAUUGCGUAAUAAAUCCAGUAUACUGACUGAUAGCUGUACAAUAUAACUUCUAAGGCCUGGAAGUUGGUCAUGACGAAGUGUUACCCACAUCUUUGCUAUUGUUUGCUAUUUUCAGAAUGAAAUCAUGUUCUUCUAAUUUUAAGUUGGAGUCAACCAACUUUGAACUUUAAAAGGGAAGAAGUGAGCUAUUUGUGUAACACUGCUGUCGUGUUUGGCUGCAUAUUAAAAAACAAUAAAUGAACAUUUUGUUUUAAUUUUUAAGUA